CGGCAGGCAGAGAGAGGGCAGCCGACAGCGUCGCCGUCCGCCUGGCCGUUAAAACUCCCCCUUCGCUUCCCUCGUUCCUCCUUUCUCCCCUUUGCAAUGUCCUCCCUUAAGCCGCGCUCUCCCCUUCCCGCGAUCCUUCAUUGAUUCCUAAAGGCCGGCGCCCCCUUGGCACAACUCCCCUCUGCCGCCUGCCUGCCUUCCCUUCCUCCCUCCCUCCCUCCGUCCCCGCCCCCGCCCCCCUUCCUCCAUUUCUGGAAGAAAGACUGCCAGGUAUUUGGGGAAACUUUCAGAGAUUCUUCCUGUUAGCGUAGAUCUCUUUGGCGGAGGGGAAACUCCCAGAUUUCCUGAGCUGCAAUCUCCUCUUUCUCUCCCCCCCACCCCCCGCAAUCUAGUCUUUCUUUCUUGCCUUCCUCCCAGACCUUAUAUUGUCCUCCUUUUCCACCAUUGAAAAUAUCUCCCAAUUUCUGACGGCUAUCACCCCCCCCCCCCCUUUUUAAGCAUUUGUUUUUGAAGCCAGUCAGACUUUUGGAAUAAGGAGCUGAGUUCCUGACCACUACACCUUCCUGCUUCUGUGGAUAAUCUUUUUGUGGUCCUUAAUAUUCACUUCACGUUUUGGUGGGGCAGAAUCAAGACUUUUGGUUUGGGGAUUUGAGUUUUGUUUUGCCUCCUUGGAUGCUGGAAUUACAAACAUCACCCCCCCACUUUUUUUUUGGAAGAAGUCGAUGUUCGUCUACCAGUUCCAAAUUUGUCUUGUUCCAAAUUGGAUUCAUUGGGGGAGUUCAUCUUGGAUUUCUUUGUAAAUUGCAACAUCCGUUGGCAUCUCGCUUCUGAAUUUGGGAAAAACUACCCCGCUUGGAAAGAAACACCAUAUUAUUUUCUACUGCUGUUUUUCUCGUUUUCUUUCCCCUGUUCCAUCCCAGCAGAGAAGAGGCCAAUAUCUUAAUAAACUGUGGAUCUGUGCAUGACAUCUGCACAUUCUUUAAAUUAAAUCACACCCACCCUAUAACGGCCAACAUGCCUUCUACAGAUCGCUGACAUAGGAAGAAACACACUCCGCCGUCUGAGCUGUGUUCCUCUUUGACAUUUGACUUUAAGGAAGUAACGCUUAGGAAGAAGAAGUGAAUAACUCUGUCCCGAAACCUGUAGGAAACCUGGCUUUGCAGAAAUAAAGACGUAAAAGUUGCAUGAUCUAGAAGAAUCUCCUCCUGGAGGAAGACGGUGCCCCCUUGUUGUGGAGAAGACAGCUGGCGUGCUCAACCUCAUGUCCCGACUAGGUGCCAUGGGGCUUUGAGGUAGAACAGAUUUCCCACUGGAAAGCGUGGGAGUAAGUGGAGAAUCCCUUCGAGGAGGAAGUAGUGUGCGAGGAGGAGGAGGAGUUGACCUAGCACAUGAAUGGCUGCCAAGGAUUAUGACCACUUGUUCAAGCUACUCAUUAUCGGGGACUCGGGGGUUGGAAAAAGUAGCCUCCUGCUCCGCUUUGCAGACAAUACCUUCUCUGGCAGCUAUAUCACAACGAUUGGGGUAGAUUUCAAAAUCCGGACUCUGGUGAUCAAUGGCGAGCGAGUGAAAUUGCAGAUCUGGGACACGGCUGGGCAGGAGCGGUUCCGGACCAUCACCUCCACGUAUUACCGUAACACUCACGGCGUCAUCAUUGUGUAUGAUGUGACGAACGCCGAGUCCUUUGUUAAUGUCAAGCGUUGGCUUCACGAGAUUGGGCAAAACUGUGACAGUGUCUGCAAGAUUUUGGUGGGUAACAAAUGUGAAGACCCGUCCCGGAAGCAAGUGGACGCAGCGGACGCCCGGCGGUUCAGCGAACAGAUGGGGGUGCGGCUCUUUGAGACCAGCGCCAAGGAGAACUUCAACGUUGAAGAGAUGUUCAACGCCAUCACGGCCAUGGUGCUCCGGACCAAGCAGGACAACCUGGCGCGCCUCCAACAGCAGAACGAGGUCGUCAAAAUCAACAAGCCCAAAAAGAAACCGUCUGUCAGGAAAUGUUGCUGAAAGGAUGCCUGUAAUUUUUUUUCUCCCCUCCCCGCUCCACCCGGAUUCUAAGGAGGACUGAACUGUGGAGGGGCUGAGCGGGUGAAAAUCGUGGCUGUAUGUGUUUGUGUGGCGUGUGCAUGUGGUGGGCGCUGGAAUCGUGGCGGGAGAAUCUGUGUGAAUACGCUCAGUGCUGGCAUUGCACUCCCCCCAGCCAUCCCAGCCUUGGGAAGGUCGAGUUGCUGCGGUGGAAAAAUCCAAAUAAGCACUGAAACGCCUCCUUGCUGGAGUGGUGGGAGGUAGUGUUUGAAGAAGUGGGAGAUGGUAGGGCAUACUGAGAAGUAUUAAACACAAAACAAAAAACUACUGAAAAAUGUAUAACAAGGUGAUGAAUUGAAAGAUGUAGGACACGGCUGAAUUAGAGGGCAUAGUCCUUUCUCCUCCAAAUCCCCCCUCCCCUCUGUAGCGUUGCCUAUAAACUCUUCUCAUUUCAUUCCUCCUCUACCCCAAAAUAUCCCCACCCUGGGUUGCUACGCUGGUGCAAUAAAAAAUAUCCAUGGUUGGGACACUGUAAGGAACAGCGGAAGGGAAAACGUGGUGGGCAUAAUGCCGUUUGGGAGGAUAAAUUCCCCGCUCUAUAGCUGUGCCUGUGGGUAAUAGGCUGAAAUAGGGAAAAUUCAGCAGAACCACUCACUGUGCCCCACCUGGCCAUACUGAGAAUUGUGACCCAUUUUUUUCUUUUUGCGUUUGCUCAGAAAAGGGGCCAGGAUGCUAUCUUUAGACAUGGGUUGCUUUUCCUCCCCCACCAAGGUCUGGAAUAGGAUAGGCCAUUUCUUCCCCACUUACCCUUAGGCCUUUGAGAGAAUAGCUACCCAUGUUCAUGUUCAAAGAGGGUUGGGGUUGAAAAAGCAACUUUUGAUCACAUCCCCUCGCUGUACUUGAUGCUGUGGGUGGGGUGCCAUCCUAUCUGCCCAGCCCCCCCUCCUGAAACCAAGGAACCAAUCAGAAGGGGAGGUGUCAAGUCCGAACUAGGAAUAAGAAGUUUACAGCUGGAUGUGGUAGUAGGUGGUCUCCACCCGGACAGCUCCCAAGCUGCGGGUACAACAGGAGUGGAAUCCCAUCUGCCCUCCCUCUGUUGUCUUUAAAUGUGGGGACCCUCUUGACUGUGCAAUAUGUCUGCUUCAUGGAUUAUUUUAUAUACACAAAAAUGAUUAUGUACAUAAUUGAAACAUCUUGUUUUAACCCACUCUUAAUGGCAUUAAACUUGUUAAGGAGACACCACUAUUCAAUAAAGAAAUUUAGAUAUGAAA